ACGAUGGCGAAGCUGGAGGUUUUGGUGGUUGUUGCCGUGUUUAUGGAGAUGGUCUCUGCGGCAUCUCUCGGGGUGGUGUACACAGAGGGAGGCAUGGUGGAGGGCGAGAACAUCCGUCUUGGCUUGUUCAGUAGCAUGGACAUCUUCAGGGGGAUUCCCUUUGCUGACAUGCCUGGAAGGUUUGAGAAACCAAAGCGUCACCCUGGCUGGGACGGUGUUCUGAAGACCACUGAGUUUAAGCCAAGAUGCCUUCAGAUGAACGUCAUCAUGACUGACACCAGAGGCAGUGAGGACUGUCUUUACCUUAACAUCUGGGUUCCUCACGGUCGCUCAGUGUCCACUGAUUUGCCGGUCAUGGUCUGGAUCUACGGAGGAGGCUUCCUGGCCGGAGGCUCAAUGGGAGCUAACUUCCUGGACAACUAUCUGUAUGACGGGCAGGAGAUUGCCGACAGAGGGAAUGUUAUUGUGGUGACGCUGGGAUACCGUGUGGGGACUCUGGGCUUGCUGAGCACCGGAGACUCCAGCUUACCCGGAAACUACGGUCUGUGGGACCAGCAGGCCGCCAUCGCCUGGGUGCACAGAAACAUCCGCUCAUUUGGAGGAGACCCUGACAACAUCACCAUCUUUGGAGAGUCUGCAGGUGGAGCUAGUGUCAACUUCCAGACUCUCACCCCCCACAACAAAGGAUUGAUAAAGAGAGCCAUCUCCCAGAGUGGGGUCGCCCUUUGCCCCUGGGGCAUCAACAAGAACCCCCGCAAGUUGGCUGAGGAGAUUGCUCUGAAGGUCAACUGCCCCAUCGAUCAUACUAUGGGUGCCUGUUUGAAGAUGACUGAUCCUGUACUCCUUACAAAGGCUGGCGCUCUCUCUCUGCCCAGCUCAGCUGAUCACCCCAUUGUAUUCAACCUUCUGCUGUCUCCUGUGGUCGAUGGCGACUUCCUGCCGGAUGAGCCUUCCAAACUGUUCCACAAUGCGGCUGACAUUGACUACAUCAUUGGAGUCAACGACAUGGACGGACACAUUUUCACUGCUUUAGAUGUUCCUUCAAUCAACUCAGACCUGUUGGAAACCCCUGUCGAGGAUGUGAGGAGGCUCCUGGCUUCCUACACCAAAGAGAAGGGCAUAGCUGGUUUGGACAACGCGUACUCCACGUACACCUCAAGCUGGGGAUCAGAUCCCAGCUGGGAGACCAUCAAGAAAACCAUUGUGGAGAUUGGAACAGACUACAUCUUCCUAGUUCCUUCUCAAGCUGCCCUCUACCUUCAUGCAGCCAACGCCAGGACUGGCCGUACAUACUCCUACCUCUUCUCUGAGCCCAACCGUAUGGGGGGUUUACUCAAGCCUUACCCCAGCUGGAUGGGAGCCGACCACGCUGACGACCUGCAGUACGUGUUCGGAAAGCCCUUCACCACACCGCUGGGGUACUGGCCUAGCCACCGUGACGUCUCCGGCUACAUUAUCGCCUACUGGACCAACUUUGCCAAAACUGGAGACCCCAACAAAGGAGAUCUGAAGGUGCCCACUACCUGGCCUAGAUUCACCAGCACUGGACACCAGUUCCUGGAGAUCAAUGCUAAGAUGAACAGUAGCAAUGUGAAACAGAUGAUGAGGAUGCGCUACGUGCAUUUCUGGACCAGCAUCCUACCCAACCUUGCAGUAAACUUCUCCGAAUAA